CGGGCUGCCCGGGGAGGAGGCGGCAGUGGCGGCCGGUGCGGGUGGAGCCGUCAUGGAGCUGGGGUGGCUGCUGUGGGGCACGGCCGUGCUGCUACUGCUCCACGUCCUCAUGGAGCUCAGCCCCGCCGUCAACUUCGCGCUGCGCAUCGGCUUCUACUGCCUGCUGUGCCUGGUGUCCUCGGCGCUGGCGGCCGCCGCCUGCCUGCUGGUCAACGGCGGCCGCACCGUCAAGAACAUGAGAAUCAUCAGAGCUUUUGUCAGGACCUUCAAGUAUUUCUUUGGCUUGAGGUUUGAGGUGAAGGGACUGGAGAACUUCAAGGUGGAGGGCCCUGCUAUCAUUGUGUCCAACCAUCAGAGCAUCCUCGACAUGAUGGGGCUGAUGGAGGUCCUGCCCGACAACUGUGUCCAGGUGGGCAAGAAGGAGCUGAUGUACAUGGGCACCGUGGGGCUCAUCAUCUACCUCGGCGGCGUCAUCUUCAUCAACAGGAAGAGCACCAGCAGCGCCAAGAUGGUGAUGUCAGAGGUGGCCAAGACUAUGGUGGCUGACAACGUGAAGGUGUGGGUGUACCCAGAGGGCACGAGGAACUGCACUGGGGAUUUGCUGCCGUUCAAGAAAGGAGCAUUUCACCUCGCUGUCCAGGCACAGGUCCCAGUGAUCCCUGUGGUGUACUCCUCCUUCACCACCUUCUAUAACCCAAAGACGAAGCUAUUUACAUCAGGCAAAAUCAAGGUUGAGGUUCUGCCUCCAGUAGAGACCAAAGGGCUGACAUCAGACGAUGUCACGGAGCUCAGUGACAGAUGCUUCAGCACCAUGAGGGAGACCUUCUUCAGGCUGUCAGGCCGUCCAAGCCAGGCAAAGGACUCAUCUUAGAGGCUUCUCCAGUGGUGUCACCGUGUGGUGGUGGCUCAAGGGACCUAUCUGUUCUUGCCAAAUACUGAAGGACCUUCUUAUCUUCUGCAGUGAUUUCUGACUCUGGGAACACCACGGACUGGCACACACAGGGUGUCAAGCCAGCACUAAGGUUCCCCUUUGAGUGGAUUUCUCUUAUGGGUUCACUUUCUCACUUUGAACUGUCUCCUUUUUCUGAAUUUCUCAGGCAUCAAACUUGUGCUACCAAAGGGCUCAAUGACCAGAGAGGUGAGUUCCCCCAGCUCUUGCAGCUGGCACGGGGUGACAGCAAAAACCUGACUGGAGCCUGAGCUCUGCCUCAGCCCCUGUGUUCCUGCAGGCUCAGCUCGUGCUGGCCUGGCCCUGUGAUGUCCCAGGUGGAAACCACCAGGCAGCAGUUAGUAUCAGCACACCCUUGAUGCUCAAACAGGGCUGAAAACUGUGUGAAAAUCCAGAUUUUGGCUUUACACCAGCGCUAGGAGUGUGGUGUCCUCACUGCCACCCACCAGUGGGACUCACGGGCCUGUCCCCUCGAGAUGCCCUUGUGGCACAACAGCAUCACGUUGGGUAACUGCUGCCAGUUCCCUGCCGUGGUGGUGGCUCAGCCUGGUCACAUCCCGGUGCCUGCAGUGCCCCUUACGGAGGCAAAGGGCUCUGUCGGGCUCGUUUUGUCACUUGUCAUGGUCAGCACUGACCGAAAGAUGGUGCCUGUCCCGCGUCUCUACCGAUCUGCAAGGCGGAGCUGCCGCUCUCCGAGGCCUGUAAAAUCCCUGCAGAGCCACAGGGUGGGCGAGCUGCAGCUGGAACGGGGCUGGGAAGGCUUGGAAGGCUUCACCUCCCUCUUUGGGGGACAUAAACCCCUUUCCCAGUCAGAUAAAAGGGGUUCCCCUGUGGGUGAUGGACCAACAGAGCUCCUGGAUCCCUCACCGGGAGCUGUGGAAUGUAGAUGCCCUCGGAGGCUGGGUCAGGUCCAUGGUCCCUGUAGCUUUAGCUCUCCUGUUCAUGGCACAGGGGGACCUUGGGACAAGCCACCUGGGGCUACUCAGGUAACCAGCACAGCCAGCUCCUGCAGCCUGUGUUGGUGGAGUUGUGUUUGUCCAGCAUUUUGGGGCCAAAGCCUCAGCUGGGAAAGGCAGGGAGCUCCCUGGAAGGAGCCCUUGGGCCGAGCUGGUGCUGGCAGGGGCUUUGUUGAAGGGGCCUUACAGUACAGACUCAGGGCAUGGGAAGGGUCGGGGUGGGAGGAUGGGAACCAAACCAGCACUUUGUGAGAGUGGCAGAUAAAAGGGCUGUCAUGGAGGGUACACCCUCCCCUGGGAGGGCUCCUGGGGAAAGGAACCAUGUCUGACUCCUCCUGGGAGGAGAGAGCGGUGCCUCUGUGUGCACUUGUCUGCUGUUCACUUUUAAUUGGGCAAAGAAUGUCAUGUGCUUUACAAAAAAAAAAGGAAGAAAUUCCACCUUUUGGUUAUUUAAAUAAAGGAGCCUCCUGGUCUUGUGUGGGGGCGGAGGGAGGAGGAUGUGGGGUGCUGAGCCCUCAGCUCUUGCAGGGGGUGGGUUUGGUGAUGGAGGGGCAGUGGGGGUCCCUGUCCCCACCCUGCUGCCCAGGCAGGAGGGCUGUGCUUCACCCAGCCUCCCUGGUCAGGCACCAUCCCAGCUCCUGGGCUCCUGGAGAGCAGAACAGGAGCUGCAGGGAUGGGCACCCACUCCUGUACCCAGCUCUGCGGUACCUCUGCAGGGACCACCUGCCCCUGCUGUGACACCUGGCUUGGGGCUGCAGGGACUUGUCCCCACCUUCUCCAUGUGACAGCAAGCACAGGGAGUGUGGGGAGGCAGCUGCCCUGCCCGGGCCAGGCCUGUGCUCUGCAGGGCAGACAGCACAGCCAGCCCUGGGACAUGUUAGCCCAGGAUAAUGCUAAGGAAAAGCCAGGUGAAGCUGAACACCCCCUAGUUCACACACAGCCAGUCUGGCACAGCCAGGCACUCAUGGCACGAGGUAAGGCAUUUAUUUGCUGCCUCUCCAGCAGGGAGAGGGCUCAGAGUCUGGUUUGGAAGGAGCUGCGUGACCUUUGGUGAGGUGAACUCAAAGAGAGAACAAUGGAGGUGCUGAUGGGAACCCAGCCUUCUCCUGCCACCCUGUGCCUUCCUGGAGAUGGAGUGGCUUCAUCCCAGCCUGGGGCUGGAGAGGGAGGUAAGAGCUGUGCGUGCACUCAGCUUGCUCCAGGUCCUCAGGUGCUCUGCUAGAGUUCAUUCUUGCAGGAACCUGGGAAGAUGGGAAACAAAAAUAAAUUCAGCAACAUCAUUAGCCUGGCUUUGGUUUGUGUCUUUCCCAGGCAGAGUGAGACUGACCUUAACCUCUGGGAAUGUCACCCACACUUGCUGCUUUCCCUCUGCCAAACAACCCCAGGCUGGCUCCCCCACACUCAGGAGUGUCACUCUCACCUCUCUGGCAUGUCACAGUCUGUGCCUGGCCCCUGUGCACAAUGUCCCCAAACCCAGUCACAGUCUGUGCUGGAUCAGGGGUAGUUCAGACUUAGAGGGGCCAAAAUGGUUAUGGCUUAAAGAGCUCUGACCUGGUGCCUUUGCUGAUGGUUUAAAGAAGAGAAAAUGGGUUUUCUGGUCAUUGCACACAGUCGGGAGUGCCAUUGUAGGGUAGCACUCAGCUGGGAAAUGCUCCACCGGGCACAGAACAGGGAUGGCCGAGUUACUCCAUGGGAUGCCCUGUGAGCCUCAGGGCUUGCUGGAGUAUGACAGGACACCUUUGUGUUCUACAGGGACUUGCAAGACCAUGAAAAGAGACACAAACAGGUUUUGCUUGCUGGAACAGACUAGGCAGAAAUUAAUUUUGGGACUUUGGAGUCAUCCCUUGGAAUGAAUCCACAUUACCUUGUGAUACUGCUCACAUUCCUCUGUGCUGUCACUAAUAAUAUGUGCAGGGCACUACUAGAAAACUCAGCCUGCUGGAAAGCUCAGUGGUUCUGGUAAUUACCCCUUUCUGAGAUGCUUUUUAAGUGUCUAUUUGCAGCUAUUUUGUCUUCAAACAAGUUCUUCGAAUUCUUUUCUCUCUCA